CCCCGCGGCGGGACGGGCGGGGCCACGGCGUCGCGGGAGGCGGAGGCGGAGGUGGAGGCGCAGUGGGAUUAAAUGCAUUUAUGGAAAAAGGAAAAUUGGAUAGUAAGAUAAUAGCAGAAUAUUGUAAUAUGGCAAUGGAUUCCUCAGUGGAAGACAACAUGUAUGUAAACAAAGUGUGGGUUCAGUGUGAAAAUGAGAGUUGUUUGAAAUGGAGAUUGUUAUCAAGUGAGGAUGCAGCCAGAGUUGAUCACAGUGAACCGUGGUACUGCUUCAUGAACACUGACUCAAGGUACAAUAAAUGCUCUGUUUCUGAAGAAGACUUUCCUGAAGAGUCUCAGCUUCGUCAGAGUGGAUUUAAGAUCGUCUAUUCACAACUCCCUCUUGGAAGCCUGGUUUUGGUAAAAUUACAGAAUUGGCCGAGUUGGCCAGGGAUACUUUGCCCUGAUCCAUUUAAAGGGAAAUAUGUGACUUAUGACCUGGAUGGAGAUGUUGAACAAUAUCACAUAGAAUUCCUGGGUGACCCCCGAUCGAGAUCAUGGAUAAAUGCAGAGUUUGUUGGACAUUAUAGCAUCACAUUAAAGCCAGGAAAAUGUAAGAAGAAAAAGAAGUGGUAUAAAAGUGCACUACAAGAAGCAUACCUCCUCUAUGGAUCCUCUCAUGAGCAAAGACUGGAAAGGUGCUGCCUAUCAAAACUGGGCAAAUCCAAAGCAGAUGGCAAAGCUGCUGUGGUGACCAAGAAAAGGAUGGAAGUUUCCAAAAAUAAUACUGAAAAGAAAAAGCCCAAAUUUAGAAAAAGGAAAAGGAAAGCUAUUUUAAAAUCCUCUUUUGAAAAUGUUUGUUCAGAUGAUGCCUUAUCAAAGGAAAACAUGGUUGUCUCUGAGACAGAACUUUUACUAAAAGAGCUGGAGCAAAUGCUAGAGCAAGCCCUGGAGCCCACAGCCACCCCUGAUGAGUAUGAAGAGGAGCACAGAGAGGAGGCAAAUACAGGAGAAAAGUUACCUAAAUGUGGCCCUGAAGCUUCUGCAAGCAGCUCACUUGAAAACCACUGUGAAGAAGACUAUCUUGUAAUUGAUGGGUUAAGAUUAAAUGCUGGAGAGUGUAUUGAAAAUAUAACUAACAAGUUUAAAGAAAUAGAUGCGUUGAUGUCUGAAUUUUAGGGCAUUACAGAUUUUUUAAAAAGUUAAUUAUGAAAACAUUUAUAUCUUACAUUUUCCCAAAGUCAAAACGUAAAAAUGUUUAGUGAAAUAGGUAUACAGUAUACCAAAGCUGAUAUUUCUAAUA